AUGGAAAUCUCUCAUGACAUUGCUGAGAAAAACAUGAAAGAGAUUUCAUGGUACAACCUGGAAAAGUUCCCUAGCUCUAAUUAUGAGUGUUUUAUAAGGGAGGAGACAGCCCGGAGUCAUGUGUGCCUGGCAGGGAUAGACCUGCUGCCUGCAUACCACAGUCAAACCUGCAGCUUUCAACAGCUCUGCUCUCCUGGGACGCGGGUGCAGCAGGUUGUUCCUGGACAGGCCGGCCUGAGGAUUGAUGAGUUUGAUGUGGUGGUCAGGUUGAACGAGGCCCCAGUGAAAGGCUUUGAGAAGGACGUGGGAUCUAAGACCACUAUGAGGAUCACUUAUCCAGAGGGAGCCAUCCAGAAGACUGAGCAGUAUGAAGCUCAGUCCCUGUUUGUCCUCUCGGCCUUCAAAGCUCUGGACUUCAGGUGGCUGCGUACAUUGGUCUUCAACCAGAGGCUGCACAGCACUGAUGGCUUCUGGAAGUCGGUGGCCAGGUAUGUGCCACGGGACCCCAUGGACAUGCGCAUCCUAAACCCCUAUUUCAUCCAGGAGGCUUCCUUCAAGCUGAUUGGCUUACCUCACAACAAUGGACAGAUGGGCAGAGGGAAUAUCCCAACCUUAGGGACAGUUGCCAUAACAAUGGCCCUUCAUAACUGUGAUGAAGUAGCUGUGGCUGGAUUUGGCUACAACAUGAGUACUCCCCAUGCCCCCCUGCACUACUAUGAGAAGAUCAGGAUGUCAGCCAUCAAAGAGUCCUGGACUCACAACAUCUCUAAAGAGAAGGAGUUCCUGUUAAAGCUGGUGAAGGCGGGUGUUAUCCAGGACUGGACCAAUGGGCUCUGCGGUGCAGAAUGCUGAUGGCCUUCAUACAGCUCCAUGGCUCCUGGCUCCAGCGCUGUGCUCACCUGAAGCUGACUUAAGAGAAGAAAGGAAACGUCUCCCAGCAGAGAGCAGCAGCUGUUACACAUGGUGGUCAGUGCAAAGAGACUGUGUGAUCAGGACACACACUGCCCCACUGUUGCAUAUGGACAUAUUGCAAGCACUUGGCCUCUGCAUUGUAUGGCAGUAUUUAGGUCUUUCUAGUUAUAGUUAGUGCAUAAUCACAGGGGGAUUUGGUCCCUGGCUCAGGGGUACAUUUGCCCUGUUGGGGAUGGAACCAGUACCUGGACCAGACUGACCAGCUACUCAGAACUUCUACAGGCUUACUGAAGAGAAAAUGAAUAUAGUGGCUUUCAACAUUGAGCCUGUGCCAAGAAUACCUCUACAAGUGUCCUUCUGCUCACACAUCUGAAUGUAAUCUGCAUCAAACUUAUAGUCUCUUGAUAUAUCUUCCAGUUUCUGUGUUAAACAGGGUGCACAUCACACCUGACUCAGCCGUCCUGGACCAGUCUCUGAACUGUCAUUAACUGAACUGUCAGAGUAACACAGUGAUCACCACAGCUUGUUUUGUCAAGUGGGUCAGAGUCUGCACACAAGCCAAAAAGAGCUUGUUUCCCAGCAGCAUUAACAUCAAACACACAGUGGAGCUUGCCACACUGCUUACACAGAGGUUAAACAGCCACAUCUGGUUUGUUUUUGUGAGGCAGCGAGAUAUUCUGAUCAAUUAAAGGCUUUUUUUAUGUGAAGCACGAUUUUUUAAGGUUUAUGGAUUAAUUUGCAUGUUGUUUAAAAACAGAUCACUGAAUGAACCAAUACACAUACAAGCUGAGUUUUUACUCUGCUGAAAGACUGUAUUGAUUCUUUUUGCUCAAAGCUCAAUUUUUUUAGCCAAUCACAAAAAGCCACAUCACACAUGCUAACAACUAUAUAGCAGUGCGAGGGUGGAUCACCUUAUUGAUCACAUUUCACUGCAGUCAGUCUACUUUGAUCAAGUCCUGAAGUCAGUCAGGUGCUGCACUGGUAAACACUAAGGGUCUGAUUUACUAAAGGUUUGCAUGUGUACAAACGUGUGACAGUGACAAAACUUGACAUCAACCCCAAAACAAUGUGCAAGCUGAUCUACUAACACACUGCACUGAGGUUUGCAUCUUUCAACUGUGCAAGAUAGUACACACUGUCCAUUUAGUACGUUGCCAUAAUGAAUAUGUAAUAUGGGGCGUUUUAUCCCCUGUGUGUAAAAUACAUGCAAAUAUGUUAUUUAGCACACACAUUGUGAUUUACCAAACCUGAAGGUAACUGCAUCUAUAAAUAAUCAAUUUGAAAGGAAAGUGUUAACACAGAUGACAAGUACAAUGCACAAUUUUUGGUUUAAAGUCUGUGUAAAGUAAGAAUAAAUAUGUGUUCUGAGUUUGACACACCACAUAAAAGUGUGUUGUUAACCAC